CAGCUCUGAGAGGGAGAGAGAGAGACGACGACGUGUAUCUUAAUAAUAACGGGAAGAAAAGACCAGUGACAGAUUAAAAGGAAAAGAGUAGAGAGAUUCAUUAUGAACCGUCGGAAAUCAAAGUGUAUCAUGCUUAAACAUCUAACGGCAAGCGAUUGAAUGUGUUUGAUUCUGUCUUCCAUGGCUCGCAAAGACAUCGUCAACAUCCACUUUAUCUAAGUUGGCGUUGCUAAGGACAGUUGGCUAACUAGCUAGCAUUGUGGUUAGCAUUAGCUGGAGGUCUAAACGGAGGAAGGAAGGAAAAGUUGACGACGCACUGCUCGGCUACAGAGCCAAGUCCUACUGGUGGCUAGCGGGCUAGCUGGUUGUUAGCUAGUAAGUUAGCUAGUAAGUUAGCUGCUUGUUAGCUAGUAAGUUAGCUGCUUGUUAGCUAGUAAGUUAGCUGCUUGUUUGCUAGUAAGUUAGCUGGUAAGUUAGCUGGUUGUUAACUAGUAAGUUAGCUAACUUAGUUACGUUGUUUCUUUAAACCUGACUCACUCAGUUUGACAACUUCACUUCGAAGAAUAUAUUUUUUUUUGUCAAUGUAUGACUUUUGUAUUUAACUACUACUAGAGCUAUCAGCUAACAAACCAGCAAGAAUCUCAUAUUCAUAAACCGUUGCUUUUUAGGUUUGAAGCAUUUGUGGUUUUUUGUUUUGUCCAGACCCUCUGAAAGGAAGCAGCAGAUCAGCUGUGAUGGCUACAGAUAUGAUCGACAGUGAGGUAGUGCUGAAAGCUGCGGCUGAUAAUAACGUUAUGAGUCUGAACAAUAGCCCAGACACACCCAGGAUUUAUGAGAGCCCUGGAGGAGAUAUCAGGGACACACCGAGCCUUUCGUCUCACUCAGAAGACCUGCAAAACAGUAGCACAGAGCUUUCAUUGGAAAAGGGCGAAGAGGCCGCAGGAGCAGCGCUACACAGGCCAACCCAAACAGGAGGUCCGCCGCAGGAAACGGUGACUCCAGACAAUGGAGAAAAACAUGAGGAAAGGGUGGAAAUGGUGCCAUGCUCUGUUCCCGUCAGAAUACCCCAGACAUACUCAACCUCUGGACAUAACGGAAGUCUGCAGCUCCAGGAGUCUGUCGCCACCACCGAGGCUCGUCUCCGCAUGGAGGGAGUGGAACUUAAAGAGGAGUGGCAGGACGAGGACUUCCCCAGGCCCCUACCUGAAGAGGAAGAGGAGGACAUUCAGCUGGAUGAAGAUCUCUUUACUGGACCCUCUGGAGAAGGACAGUCUGCUUCUGCAGGGGGCUAUUCUGCUCUGAGUGGUGGUGGUAAGAAGACUAAGAAGAAGCUUGCUGCCCCAGACAUCAGCCUGACUCUGGAUCGGAGUGAAGGAUCUCUGCUGUCUGAUGAGCUGGAGGAGGAGAGUGCAGAGCUAGACCUGGAUGAUAUAGACACACCGUCUGACAACAGUAAUGAGUUUGAAUGGGAAGACGACCUGCCGAAGCCCAAGACCACGGAGGUUCUGCAGAAGGGGGUGGAGUCGGUCCAGGUGUACUCGGCCUCCGAGGAGCGGGAAGAGGGGCGGCGCUGGAGAGUGUUCCGUAUAGGAGACCAGGAACACAAAGUCGACAUGAAGGCAAUAGAACCCUACAAGAGGGUCAUCAACCACGGAGGUUACUAUGGAGACGGCCUGAACGCCAUCAUAGUGUUUGCCGUGUGUUACAUGCCUGAGAGCAACCAACCCAACUACCGCUACAUCAUGGACAACCUCUUCAAGUAUGUGAUCGGCACUUUGGAGCUCUUGGUAGCAGAGAACUAUAUGAUAGUGUAUCUGAACGGAGCCACGUCCAGGAAGAAGAUGCCCAGUGUGGGCUGGCUCAGGAAGUGCUACCAGCAGAUCGACCGCAGGUUAAGGAAGAAUUUGAAGUCGUUGAUUAUCGUCCACCCCUCCUGGUUUAUCCGCACCCUCCUGGCCCUCACCAAACCCUUUAUAAGCUCAAAGUUCAGCCAGAAGAUCCAGUUUGUGUUCAACUUGACAGACCUUUCUGUACUGGUUCCUAUGGAAUACGUCUCUAUACCAGACUGCAUUAAAGAGCUCGACCAGGAGAAACCCGUCAGAGUGGAAAUGGCAGCCAUGCCAGAGACAGAGUAAGACUACCUGGACGGCUUGCUAGCUCUGCUCUGUCUGCUCUGCACAGCUCCAGACCGAUGACGAAUGUUCAGACCCACAGCUGAUCUGCCUUUACUGUUGAUAAUGUGUAUUGCAACUGGAGAGACUUAGAGAGCUAGCCCAGGUGCAGGAGAAGAUGAGUACCUUUCUGAGACAAUUCUCCCUCUCCCAUUGUUACAACCAUCUAACUCUCCCUUUCCCAUUGUUACAACCAUCUAACUCUCCCAUUGUUACAACCAUCUAACUCUCCCAUUGUUACAACCAUCUAACUCUCCCAUUGUUACAACCAUCUAACUCUCCCAUUGUUACAACCAUCUAACUCUCCCAUUGUUACAACCAUCUAACUCUCCCAUUGUUACAACCAUCUAACUCUCCCGUUGUUACAACCAUCUAACUCUCCCGUUGUUACAACCAUCUAACUCUCCCGUUGUUACAACCAUCUAACUCUCCCAUUGUUACAACCAUCUAACUCUCCCGUUGUUACAACCAUCUAACUCUCCCAUUGUUACAACCAUCUAACUCUCCCAUUGUUACAACCAUCUAACUCUCCCAUUGUUACAACCAUCUAACUCUCCCAUUGUUACAACCAUCUAACUCUCCCUCUCCCAUUGUUACAACCAUCUAACUCUCCCAUUGUUACAACCAUCUAACUCUCCCAUUGUUACAACCAUCUAACUCUCCCUCUCCCAUUGUUACAACCAUCUAACUCUCCCAUUGUUACAACCAUCUAACUCUCCCAUUGUUACAACCAUCUAACUCUCCCAUUGUUACAACCAUCUAACUCUCCCAUUGUUACAACCAUCUAACUCUCCCAUUGUUACAACCAUCUAACUCUCCCAUUGUUACAACCAUCUAACUCUCCCAUUGUUACAACCAUCUAACUCUCCCAUUGUUACAACCAUCUAACUCUCCCAUUGUUACAACCAUCUAACUCUCCCAUUGUUACAACCAUCUAACUCUCCCAUUGUUACAACCAUCUAACUCUCCCAUUGUUACAACCAUCUAACUCUCCCAUUGUUACAACCAUCUAACUCUCCCGUUGUUACAACCAUCUAACUCUCCCGUUGUUACAACCAUCUAACUCUCCCAUUGUUACAACCAUCUAACUCUCCCUCUCCCAUUGUUACAACCAUCUAACUCUCCCAUUGUUACAACCAUCUAACUCUCCCAUUGUUACAACCAUCUAACUCUCCCAUUGUUACAACCAUCUAACUCUCCCAUUGUUACAACCAUCUCCCUCUCCCAUUGUUACAACCAUCUCCCUCUCCCAUUGUUACAACCAUCUAACUCUCCCUCUCCCAUUGUUACAACCAUCUAACUCUCCCAUUGUUACAACCAUCUAACUCUCCCGUUCUCAUUGUUGACCACCCUCUCUCUCUGGUCAAUCUCUCCACCGUGCUCUGUAACCUCCUGCUGUCUCUGGUCAAUCUGUAACCUUUUAUGUAUCAAGCCAAACAUAGAGAUGUUGAUGUCAUAGUUACUGUUGUUUCUGCAAUGUAUUUAAGGCACUCUGUUACUGAGGGUUGAUGCUUGUUCUUCAUUACAUUUAAAUAUAUAUUUAUAUUCAACAGGUGAGAAAGGACAAAGAUUAAUAUAUUUUUAUGGUUUUUUUGAUUUGAUCCUUAUUUUAGGUCACAUGACCCCCCACAGAGUGAUGUUAAAUAGAGCAGGUUUCACAGCACCUGGAAACGGUUUACUGCAGGUUUUGCAUCACCUGGAAACGGUUUACUGCUAAUGUCUUAGAAAGAAUCCUACAUGAUAAAGUUACUGUGGUCUGUCUGGAAGGACCAGAUUCUGUCUGUAGCGAUGACAAGGUAUAUGUUGUGAAAACAGAGAACCGAAAGAGAUGUUGGUUGAGGCUGGAAUGUGAUACUAGUCUUACCAUCAAUCAGGAUGUUGGUUUAUGCCAAGUGUUUUUGGAGGGGACGAUCUUGUACAUUAUUUCUCUAAAGUAAAUGUCCAAAAACCCCAAA